UAACCUCCCUGGCAGUAUUCCCGAGUGUAGCACAGGCGGUAACCCUGAGCUACACUCAGGAAUACCAUGUGGCGCUGCUCUGGGAUCCCUCUUGCACUUACCUUGUCCUGCGCUCCCGCGAUGUCCCUCCUGCAGUGUCCCCGGCAAUGUCGGCAUCUGUCAUCUGGGUUCCGUCCCCUGCGAGCGUCGGGACGUACGGGAGAUGGAACAGAGGGAAAUUUGAAAAUGACAAAAAGUGACAUUCACUAAAAUCACAUAAUAUAACAUUACUGUAUCAAACCAUUUCACAUACAU